AAGCAGAAGUAGGACGUUAGAGAAGCAGCUUUUGCUUUAUAAAAAUGAAGAAAUUGCAGUUGCAGUUGCAGCAGUUUGGUCGUUGUAUGCGCAUUCCCUAUUCAACAUGACGACUCUCUCCCUUUCCUUCCUCACUCUCCUACUGCUUUCCCUCAUUCCCCCACUCACCAAUGCCUCCCCACGCCAUCGCCACCCUCACUCUGCCACUCAUAACUACAGAGACGCUCUCACCAAAUCCAUCCUCUUCUUCGAAGGCCAGAGGUCUGGCAGGCUCCCUCCUAACCAGAGAAUCUCAUGGAGGAAGAACUCUGCUCUCUCUGAUGGCUCACCCAUGCACGUUGACUUGGUUGGAGGCUACUAUGAUGCUGGGGACAAUGUCAAGUUCGGUUUUCCCAUGGCCUUCACCACCACCAUGCUUUCUUGGAGCGUCAUUGAGUUCGGUGGACUAAUGAAAGGUGAGUUGCAGCAUGCCAGAGAGGCCAUUCGCUGGGCCACCGAUUAUCUUCUCAAAGCUACUGUACAUCCAAACACCAUUUAUGUUCAGGUGGGAGAUGCUAAAAAAGACCACGCUUGUUGGGAGAGACCCGAGGACAUGGACACUCCAAGAAGUGUGUUUAAAAUAGACGCACACACACCUGGUUCUGAAGUUGCUGCGGAAACUGCGGCAGCUCUUGCAGCUGCUUCUUUGGUUUUCAGAAGAACUGAUCCUACAUACUCAAAACUUUUAGUGAGGAGGGCCAUUAGAGUGUUCCAGUUUGCGGAUAAAUACAGGGGAUCCUACAGCAAUGCCUUGAAACCCUUUGUGUGCCCCUUUUAUUGCUCUUACUCUGGUUAUCAGGAUGAGCUGUUGUGGGGUGCUGCCUGGCUGCACAAGGCAACCAAGAAUCCAAUGUACCUAAACUACAUUAAAGUCAAUGGCCAGAUCCUUGGGGCUGCAGAGUUUGACAACACCUUUGGGUGGGAUAACAAGCACGCUGGAGCAAGGAUACUUCUUUCCAAGGAGUUCCUUGUUCAAAGGGUACAAUCCCUCCAUGACUACAAGGGCCAUGCGGACAAUUUCGUAUGUUCUCUAAUUCCUGGGACCUCUUUCUCUUCUGCCCAAUAUACCCCAGGUGGGCUUCUUUUCAAGAUGAGUGAUAGCAACAUGCAGUAUGUCACAUCCACCUCCUUCCUACUGUUAACAUAUGCCAAAUACUUGACCUCAGCUCAUACGCUUGUUAACUGUGGUGGAAUCACGGUUACCCCAAAGAGGCUCAGAGCAAUAGCCAAGAAACAGGUGGAUUACUUGCUUGGGGACAACCCGUUGAGGAUGUCGUACAUGGUGGGGUAUGGUCCUAGGUACCCACGAAGGAUACACCAUAGAGGCUCAUCUCUACCGUCCAUUGCUGUGCACCCGGGAAAGAUCCAGUGUUCCGCAGGGUUCAGUGUGAUGAAUUCACAAUCCCCUAACCCAAACAUUCUAGUGGGGGCCAUUGUUGGUGGACCGGAUCAACAUGAUAGGUUCCCGGAUGAACGGUCAGAUUAUGAGCAAUCAGAGCCAGCUACGUAUAUUAACUCACCCCUUGUAGGAGCACUCGCGUAUCUUGCACACUCAUCUGGUCAACUCUAGGACUAGAAGGCAGCACCUCCAACAUAUUUGCUGUAUCCCAUGUUUCAUUUCACUAGUCUGGGUAGUUGUAUUUCUUGCAAGUUAGAAGCACACACUCGUCGUUUGAGACCACUACCACCACUAAGACUAUAUUGUAAACUUGUUUACAACUUUAACUUACUACUAUGUGUAACUUCAUUGUGGCCAGUGAUGCUAGCUGUGUUCAACUACUCAAGAAAUUGAAACCAAAUUGCGAA